UGCAUAGCUCAUGCUUGUAGCAUUCCACGCCUUAAAAUGUGCUAAUACACCUAUGGGCACUGUGUUUGAGAAUCUGGGUUAGGCCAUACCAGAAUAAAGUGGUGGCCAGGAUGUUACUCCUGGCUUUAUAGUUUAUUUAUUUCUCUACACAAUAGCUCAUAAAAUUUAUAGCCAAAGCUGUUACUCCUAAAAUACUUUAGAGGGUUAUAUCGUACUGUAAAAGGGUGAAUGAUAAGGGAAUGGGUUGGGGAAAUGCCUAUCCAAAUCUAACUGAGAACGAGAGCAAUCUAACUAACUGAGUCUUUGAAGGGUAUUGUGCAUGGGGCGGCUUUGAAUGCUGAGCUUUGGACAAUUUGGACAAUUUGGAAUUUAACAAUUCAAUUGGAUAACAUCAUGUUCAACAUAUCUGUCAUAAUUCCUUUCCCGCUGCCACAGGAUGGCAAACGACGAAUGUUGCACUUGUGAUUGCGCUUAUUGUGUAAUCAUGGUUUUCAACUGUUCUUUGAUUGUCUGUUUAUUUAUGUUGACCCUGUUCUCUCCUUCAUUGCCAGAGUUUGAAGUCUCCUGCCUUGUGUUUACUUGCUGUGGUCUCUUGAGUCUCCUGUCGCUUGCUUUUCGAGUUCCAAUUCUUUUGAGUUAUCAUUGUAUCUGUGUAAUGUUGUUCCUGUCUUCCCAUGUUUAUUUUUGGUAAAUUACCAUUCGCUAAUUAUUCUGCUUCCUGCCUUUUUUCUCUGCACUUGGCUCCACAUCUUGGUCCACCCAUCAUAUUUAUACAUCCUGGCACUGUCAAAACAUAACUGCUUUUCAGUUCCAAAACUUGACUCCAUCGUUGCGCAACUUCAAACUCGUCUCCUCCCCUCCUUUCCUCCACAUACUUUCGAGUAGGAGACGAGUGGUAGUCAGAGUGUGGAGGAAAGAAGGUGCAGAUGGAAAAGUAAUGGGACGCAUGGUGCACCAAUACAGUUCUGUGCGCUUCGCUCGUCUCCUCCAAUAUUUGGACACUCGAGGGAGGACACACAUCGGUUUCCAAGGCAUGGAGGAAAUGAGGUGGUAGUGAGUCAUUGCUGAAUCAUUGCCUUUUAAAAAAAAUUGAAGCCGCCCCUCUCCCUCACUGAGGUGCCCACCCCCUCCUAACAUUGCACCUUGCCCCCUACUUAAAUUGAGCGAAAUCUUAUCUACUACGUUAAGUUUUUUGAAACCACAGGUAGCCUGUUACCCUUGUCUGUACGCGCUUGUCCUGGUCAGGGUGGUGCUGGAGCCUAUCCCAGCGUGCAUUGGGCAAGAGGCAGGAACGAAGGAUAACAUCAAAGGCAGAAGGCAAAUAUCUUGUGGGGUCUAAUGAAAGAAACCAUCUGCACCACAACUGCAGGAGGAACUCGGAACAACUAGAGAGAGACCAGUUUCCCUGAUUGCAGCGAAACAGAAACUAAAAUCUGCUGAUCUAAAAGGAUGUGUAUCUUCCUUUUUCCAGUCUUUCUUCAACCAGUGUUGAUGGUGCCCACUGGUGUCUUUUUGUUAACAGCACAUAGCAAGGGCUUUUUUGCAGAUACACCUCCUUUUAGACGAGCCAAUCAUAGUUUAUGUGUCGAUGUAGUCAGGGAAACUGGAUUCCCUCUAGUUCCAUUGAGUUCUUCCUGUCAUUGUGGUGCAGUUUUACAAUGGAUUCUUUUGCUAGACAACACAAGAUAUUUGUUUUCUGCCUCUUGAUCAUCCUGGAUCUGGUCUGUUAACUUUACUGCCCAUCAGCUGGACACUUCUGAGUGUGUAAUGAACACUGAACCUGGAAAUGUUAAGCUUCUUUGAAAAUUUGUUCUGGGAAUAACCUUCAUGCCAAAAUAUUUUUACUUUGGCCCUGUGUGUCUAAGCCUGACUCCUUGUUCUUUGCCAUAUCUUACUUGCACUACAGGCCAAUGGUAUUAGUCUACCUGUGGUUUAAAAAAUCUUAAGAUCGAUAAGAUUUCACUCAAUUUAACUACCCAUCCACCUCCCUCCACGUCCCACUUUGAAAAAUGAUUAGAUUGACUUACAAUAAUUUGUUUAAUUUUCAUUAAAGCCAAAGGUGGCUAUUUUGAGGUAAGUUGUUUCUAAGAUUGUUUUUAAAUAAAACUAUUCUUUUUGUGUUAUUGUAGGUAGAAAUGUUUGUACUUUGGUUUGUUAUUCAAUAAAUACUUAAUUAUACCAAAUUAACUGAAUUCUUCUCUACCUAAGGUUAGAACACUGGUAGCCUAAUACGUUUGGGCUGUGCUGUAGCCUACAUGGGAUACAAACCUUUGGUUUCAGGUUUAUAAUGUGUUUUCUGAAGUGCUUUGUCUUUCUGCUCUGCUCUUUUUAUUUCCUGCCACAUACACAGCUAAUGUUCUUUUUUCUAUGCCCUCUUUUGUCUAUACAUACUGCUUCUGUUGUGCUUUUUGACCCUCUUCUCUGAUUCAGUAUUUUUGCUCAUUCAUUUGUGGGAUAAUUUGAUUUAGUAAUUGGGAUUUUACUUUAAAAUGAGCUAUGGAGUCAAAGGUAUCCCCAGACCCUUCCCAAAGAAUUGAUUUAUUGUUUGUGUGUUUUUUUUUCUUUUUCUAUAAUAAUUUUUAGUACUAAAACUUGUUUACAGACUGUACCACUUUUUGAGUUUACUAGACUAUUUAAAUGACAGAAUGCAUAUUCCCAUGAAAAUAGGAGUUCUACACUUUACUUAUGCAGAUAAAGUAUAAUUUUUUAUUAUUUAAAAAUCAAAAAUGUCUAAAUGUCUGUGUAUUACAACACCUACCUAACAUGGUUAGACAUUAGACAUACUAAAGCUUAGAAACACAUGAAAUGUCAGAGGAAAUACAUUUGACUGUGGCAGGUCUUCUGAAACUGGGCUGGUGAGGAGGGUGGGUUUUCCCUAAGAAGAUCUGUAAUGGUUGAAACACAUUAUACUUGUACUGAUAUGCAUCAUUGUAGAGCACAACGUUUUUUUACACAUACCGUAUUGCAACAUACCUUUUGUCCAGAACAAUGUUAGCAAUUCCACCAGUUCCCUGCCAAAUUUGUUCUACUCACCAAUAUAUAUUUCCUUCAAAUAUAUUUCUUCCAGUGCAUUAAAUAGCCCUUACUCAUACUGUGAACCUAAGAUGGGAAUGCACCGAGCUACCAGAAGAGCGGCUCUGGGUGCAGUCAUGGGAAGAUUGUACCGUCAUUUUGAGGUUGUUGCCUUGCUUGUCAUUGGAAUGCUCUGCUUGGCCAUAAUUCUCAGCAAAGAUGAACCAUCCCAUAAUUUACAGACAGGCAAUAUCCACAUAAAUGUAAGGAAGUCAUUUUCUGAACAGCCAUCUUUGAAACUCUUGCCUGAGAGCAUGGGUCAGUAUGCCUCACCACCUUGUGAACGGAAUUUCUCUGCUGCCAACAUUUCUGGAUUUUCAACUCUUCCAGGCCACAUCCAGGACUUCUUGUUUUAUCGUCACUGUCGACACUUCCCAAUGCUGCUCAACGUGCCUGAUAAGUGUGGGAGCAUGCCCCACGAAUCAGCAGAUGUCUUUCUGCUGUUGGUGAUAAAGAGUUCCCCUUGGAAUUAUGACCGCCGCGAGGUACUGCGGAAAACCUGGGCGAAAGAGCGGCUGCAGAACGGGGUGUGGAUCCGUCGGGUGUUUAUCUCUGGGACGGUGGGCACAGGCAUCGAAAAGCGCAAGCUGAAUAAGCUGAUGCGUCUGGAGAACCGCGAGCACCACGACAUACUGCAGUGGGACUUUAACGACUCCUUCUUCAACCUCACCCUCAAGCAAAUCCUCUUCUUGGAGUGGAUGCAGGAGUGCUGUCCUCAGGUUCGUUUUCUCCUGAAUGGUGAUGAUGACAUCUUCGCCAACACUGACAACAUGGUGGAGUACCUUCAGAGCCUCGACGGCAACGACGGAAGUAAACACUUAUUUGUGGGCCACCUCAUUCGCUAUGUGGGACCCAUUAGAGAGUCUGGGAGCAAGUACUUUGUACCUGUCCAGGUACAAGAGUCAAACUCUUAUCCCCCAUACUGUGGUGGAGGGGGUUUCUUACUCUCUGGCUUCACAGCUAGGGUUAUAUACAACAUGUCCCACAUUGUCACCAUCCUGCCCAUUGAUGAUGUGUACAUGGGUAUGUGUUUAGAAAAAGCUGGACUGGAGCCAGUGUCUCAUUUUGGAGUUAGGACUGCAGGGCUUCAUGUUCCCUCUCAUAAUAUUGAUGCUUAUGAUCCUUGUUAUUAUCGGGAUAUUAUCUUGGUACACAGGUUCCUGCCCCAUCAAAUUUUCAUUAUGUGGCAUGGAAUUCAUGAACCUGACUUGAAGUGCGGAAGUUCACAAAUUUCAAACUCGGAAACAUAGUUUUGUGCAACCAGACUGAAUUGACGUUUUUUGGAAAUGUUUUGGUUUUUUGGCAUAGCCCUGACAAGAAAUUAUGGACAAGCGCCCCAAAUGGUGGUGGAUGCUAAUGACAUGGACAACUCACAGUGGCAAAUGAUUCAAAACCUCAUACUUGUCAUAUUGCACUUAAAAUUCAGAAUAAAAAAUGUAAACAGUUUAAGGAAUUACAUUGUUGAACUUGAAAUUGUUGUUCCAUUGUGAUUUUAAUUAUUCCCUGCAACCCAUAAUGUGUCUGGACUGGACUGCAUCUCAUAUCAUACAAAUUUGUAAACUUUUAAGCCUUUCUUAGCUCUUUUUUUGUUGAACUUUUGUCUUUGCACUGUUUGCAAUGGGCUUGGUCGCUUUAUAACUUUGAUCAGUGUUUCUCAAAACUGUUCAUCCAAUCCAUCACUUAGACUAGUUUUCAUCCCAGCUGAGCUUAGUUAAUUAAUUAAUUACUCCACACGUAAUCUUAUAUAAAUUGAUUGUGAAAGAAAAACUGUUUUUUUUGUAUGGCAGGGGUAUGUUCAGUGUAAUAUGUAUGUACCUUUUUAUUUCAGUGUUAAAGAAAUAUGCAUUAUAGCUCUCUCAAUUGCUUACAUUUUUAGUAGUUCAUAUAUUUGUUUAUGACAUUAAGUUAUCUUACAUUUAUAUGGCAGACGCAUUUAUCCAAAGCGAUGUACAAUAAGUUCAUUCCAAAAGUCAUUGGAACAACUACAGAACACAAGUCCGAUAAGGUCCAAUAAUUCACACAAUAAGCAUAGUCUAGGUCAGAAACUUAUGGUAAGUCAAACUAGAAGGCAUGACAAUGAGUUAAAACGGCAAAAUAACGAUACAAGUGCAAUAUAGGUGUUGGGUGGAGGCACAAGUGUAACAGGAAAGUGCUACAAGGAUACAAGUGUUAAGAGCGAUUCUAGAUUGGGAGUGUCCUACAGGGUAGUGAUAGGAGGAUUGCCAGUUUGAUCCCCGCCCUGGGCGUAUCGAAGUGUCCCUGAGCAAGACACCUAACCCCUAACUGCUCUGGUGAAUGAGAGGCCUCAAUUGUAAAGCGCUUUGGAUAAAAGCGCUAUAUAAAUGCAGUCCAUUUACCAUUUAGUUUAGUUUAGUUUAGUUUAGAGAGAAAGACAUUUUGAAAAGAUGCAUCUUCAGGCCACAGCAGAAGAUGGGCAAUGACCGAGUGGUUCGUAGAGGAAUAGGAAGUUUGCUCCACCACUGGGGAGCUAGGGUGGAGAAGCUCCAUGGUAGGGAUGAGCGAGAACCAUUCACCCGGAUGGCAGGGAGUGGGAGUGUAGUGGUUGAGCUGGUGUGUAGGAUUGAAUCCUGUCCUGUAGGUAGGUGGGGGCUGUCCUGUUGGCUGCAGUGUAGGCGAGGUUCAGGACUUCGAACCCGAUCCUGGCGGCGAUCGGUAGCCAACGGAGUGACCUCAGCUGGGGAGUCGUGUGAGAAUUUAAAUCAGGUCGGUCAGCAGGACCUGAACAGCAGUGCAGUAUGACUACUUUGUUGAAGGGGCUGAAAUAUAUAGAUGUUUAUUUGCAGAUUAUUUAAAGUACAGAGGCUAAAGGUUAAAGUUCCCUUGCAUGUGCCUACAAACAAACUUCCAGUAAUCCAUAGCCAUAAAAACCUGUAAUCCAUAGCCAUAAAAACCUAACAACUGAUGCUUGUAUGUUGAUGAGGUUAUAUACAGAUAAACCAUUCAAUCAAACCUGAUUAAUGAACUGUAAGUUCUAACAUGGAAACCAGGGUGUAUGGUGGGUCCUCAGGGAACAGUUUGAGAAACACUGCCUGGUGUGGCAAGUCCUAUAAGCAAUAAUCACACGUGUGGCUAUCUUACAAUUUGCAUCUAACCCUCAAGAAAUAUAAUAUAAUAAUAUAAUAUUUUUAAAUGGCACAAUUCCUGCUAUGAGUGUUUUUUCCACGAGGGAUUUCCAGCAGCCAAUGAAGAAUAACCAUUCUCUAAUGUGUCAACAGAAAACAUAUGUUUUCUGUAAACUGUUACAAAAAGGCACGCUGCAAAAGAUUCUAGCACCAAGCCAAAAAAUGUUUAGCAGACUGAAGUUGAGGAACCUAUCCAGCUGUGGCAGGAGUGUGAAGGUUUAUUUAAUUUGUUGGAAAACAGCUACCGCUGAAACAAUCAGACUUUUGGUAAGUGUAAAGGAAUGGAUAGCUGACAGCAAGUGCUUUAUGACCCCGAUUUUAGGUCAGCAUCUGUGACUGCUAUGUGGAACCAUAUGUCUCUGAAAUUGUGAUGUGGCAACAUGUGGUAUGAUUAAUCCCAUCCUGCUGGAUAACGUCAGCUCAUAAAGUGUGUCAAGAUAACAGUGCUCUUUUCAAAAAUCGUUAUAUCUAUUUUACCUGGGUUCAACCCCUUUACCCAAUAUGAGGUUGGUUAUUUAGAGGAUUUGCUGACAGAAAAGAUAGGUGAAUCUAUAUUGGUCACUUUUUCAUUUCACAGAUCUGUCAAACAUGUCUCAUACUGUCUACUUAAAGGCUGGUCAUGCUUUAGAGUAGAUUUAAUAUCUGUUCCAAUGGGGAAAUGUUUAAGUUGAUGCUCUAUCAUUCAUUUGCUUAGUUCUACAGAUAAAAAGUUACAGCUCAGGGUAUUUUUAAUGUAUUAUUGUGUAUUCUUUUAAUAAACAAUAUGGUUGAGUAAAAUGUGUUCAUUAAUUAAAACAUUGUGAUCUGGAAUUGGGUGACCUUACUGUGUUUUUAAUGAAAAUCUAUACAUUAUUGGGGGAGCUUACCGUCAUAUGGGAGUUCCACAGUUUCAUCCUCACCCGAGUGGAGGAAAAUCAUUUCAGUCCUUGAACUUCCAUACAGUAAGAGAACAAUUUAUGGAAAUGUAAGCACAAUGCCUAUUUAAUAUUAUUCAAGAAGAGCACCCAUUUCAUUUCUGCUUUACCAUGUAGAUUUUACUAAACUCUUGCUCUCAUAGCCUGCAUCAUCAUUUGUAUAUGUCAAUGCAUUGUGGUUUCACAGCAUUUCAUUGGUUAAUGAAGUUCUAUUGUAUUGUUAUCUUUCCAUGAACCAUAUUUGAUUUAACACAAUGGAGAGAUGUAAUUUCAGUUAAAUGCAAUAACAUUGGGUCAUUUUCUCGGCGAUCCUCUUAUGAGCCAUGUGGGAUUGUAACUUAUAAUGCAGCAGAGGAGUGCAAAUGAGGUAUUUUAUGGAUUAGAACACUUUCUCUGUGCACAUGUGUGGGAUCUGAGACAUUGCUGUGCUGUAGUAGAGUAUGCUUUAACUCUCAGUCAUUCUUGACGUCUGAGUCAUGGUCUUGCUUUUGCAGUUCUCCUGCUACAACAGACUUUAUGGCCAAAGACCUUAAAUGUGUAUGCAGCUGAUUACUUCACAGUUCAUUCUUUACACUAUAAUGGCUUGUGAAAUUCAGACUUGUAGGUUUUCAUACUCACUGGAAUCAUUUGACAGAACCUCCUACCGAAUGACCUCACAGAACAACUGGAUAUUUUUAUUGAAACCUUGCUAGUAAUAGCAAGUCCCUCCAAUAACUUGACAGAAAAACAAAUUAAUUAUCUUUAAUAUAAUGUGCAUUAGCCAUUUGGUUUAAUGGGGUGUAUUGUGAACCACAUAUUAACGCGUAUAUGAACUAUGGUAAAUGGUAAAUGGUAAACUGCAUUUAUAAAGCGCUUUUAUCUAUAUAUUUAUAUAUCCAAAGCGCUUUACAAUUGAUGCCUCUGAUUCUCCCAUUCACACACACAUGCACACACACACACGCACACACACACGCCUGCACACACACACACGCACACACACACGCCUGCACACACACACACGCACACACACACGCCUGCACACACACACGCCAACAUGAAGAGAUCAUCUUAUGUAAAAUAGCAAAAAGGUUAGUCAUAUAAAUGGAGUCAUAUUUUUCAAUAAAAUAGCUGCGUACCAACUACCUGUGGUUAUUUUUUCCCAUUUGUUUCCAUGUAAAUCAGAGAUACACAGUUUCAGUUGUGUGCUUUUCACUCAGGCUGUUUUUGCUUUUUUUGUUUUUUGUUUUUUUUCUUGUCUGAUUUGAGUUAUACCUGGUUUCUCAUAUUCAUCUUCAAGGCAUAGCUGGGGUUUACAUAGCUGUGCAUGCCUGGAUAAAAACCUGGUAAAAAAAAUCACAGGGGAGUGCUUGUCAGUUGGAAAGAGGUGAGCCAUAAGUAGAACUGCAAGGGGCUAUUUAUUUUUAAUGUGUUGUUUAGGCCGUAUUGGCACCAUACAGUGACUCAAUUACAGAGUUGAAAGGGUGCAGGGUCUUUGCCUAAGUUUAGUUAGUGCUCAUAUGGGGUCAGUUGUGGUUGCCUCCUGCCAUAUUGUUUAUUGCAAAUAAACAUCAAUACUCUGUUGCAA